AUGGGCUGUUGUUCCGGCCGCUGCGCACUCAUCUUCCUCUGCACUUUCCAACUGGUCACCGCCCUGGAGCGGCAGGUGUUUGACUUCCUGGGCUACCAGUGGGCACCCAUCCUGGCCACCUUCAUCCACAUCGUCAUGGUCAUCCUGGGGCUCUUUGGCACCAUCCAGUACCGACCUCGCUACAUCGUGGUGUAUGCUGUGUGGGCAGCCAUCUGGAUCACCUGGAAUGUUUUCAUUACCUGCUUCUACCUGGAGGUGGGGGGCCUCUCCAAGGACAGUGAGCUCCUGACCUUCAACCUUUCCAGACAUCGUUCCUGGUGGCGUGAGCAUGGCCCUGGCUGUCAGCGUGAGGAGCCAGGGGCAGGCUUGGAGCCCCCCAAUGGCCAGGCCCUGGGGCCAGGUGUCAGCUGCACCCUGGAGCAUGGCUACGUGGAGGCCCUGCACAGCGCCCUGCAGAUCCUGGUGGCGCUGCUGGGCUUCGUCUAUGCCUGCUACGUGGUCAGCGUUCUCACCGAGGAGGAAGACAGCUUUGAUUUCAUUGGUGGAUUUGAUCCCUUUCCUCUCUACCAUGUCACUGAAAAGCCCUCCAACCUCUUGUUCGAGCAGGUGUACUUGCCUGCGUAAGUGAAGCUGCGCCCAUCCUGCUCGUGCCUGCGUCCUCUGACCCAGCCCAGACGGAGGGGACUCCAGGCAGUGGGACUCACCGGGCUCCCUGCCCCCAGGGCCCUGCAGGUGGCCAGGGCACCUGCCCAGGGUCAAGCAACUGGACACCA